AUGGCUCAAGCUCCAGCAUCCGGACCCGCUCCAUUCAACCCAGUACCUCUGGCGUACCAGACUACUGGAGAUGGGACAGGAGCACCUGACUGGCUCAACAAGGGUGACAACGCCUGGCAGCAAACGGCAGCAACCCUCGUGGGAAUACAAUGUAUUCCGGGACUGAUGAUUCUGUACGGAAGUGUAGUGAAAAAGAAAUGGGCAAUCAAUUCAGCCUUCAUGUGUCUCUACGCGUUCGCGGCAGUGCUCAUCUGCUGGGUGUCAUGGGCCUUCAAAAUGUCCUUCGGGGAGGAGCUCAUUCCUCUAUGGGGCAAAGCUGGGCCUUCUCUCGAUCAAAAGUUUCUGUUGAAACAAGCAUUUCUCCCCGCAACGGCAACGGAUUAUUAUCCCCCACUGGCCCCUUUCUAUCCGAUGGCCACACUUGUUUACUUCCAGUUCGUGUUUGCCGCCAUCACUCUGAUCCUCAUUGCAGGGUCUUUGCUGGGCCGAAUGAACUUCCUGGCCUGGAUGAUCUUCGUCCCCCUUUGGCUCACCUGCUCUUACACCGUGGGAGCUUUCAGCGUAUGGGGUGGCGGUUUCCUCUUCCAAUGGGGAGUUAUCGAUUAUGCUGGUGGUUAUGUGAUUCAUCUGUCGUCUGGAGUUGCUGGUUAUGUUACUGCUUACUGGGUGGGCCCUAGGCUCGACAAGGACCGCAAGAACUUCCCUCCAAACAACGUUCUGCUUACUUUGGCCGGAGCAGGCCUGCUUUGGCUGGGCUGGAAUGGAUUCAACGGUGGAGCACCUUACGCAGCGAAUGUUGUCUCGUCCAUGGCCGUCCUAAACACAAACAUUUGUGCGGCAACCAGCUUGCUCGUCUGGACCAGCAUAGAUGUUAUUGUAUUCAAAAAGCCCUCUGUGAUCGGUGCCGUUCAGGGUAUGAUCACGGGCUUGGUUGUGAUCACUCCUUCCGCAGGACUGGUUCAAGGCUGGGCUGCCAUGGUUAUGGGAGUUUUCGCCGGGAGCGUUCCAUGGUACAGCAUGAUGAUUCUGGGUAAGAAAAAGUUGUUCAAUGUGGUGGAUGACACUCUGGGCGUAUUCCACACCCAUGCAGUCGCAGGAACAAUGGGAGGGAUUUUGGCAGCAUUCUUUGCUCAACCAACUCUUUGCAAUUUGUUCUUGUCUAUUCCUGGAGAGCGAGGCAUCAUCUAUGCAGGCGACCACGGAGGAAGCGACGGCCACAAGACUGGGUUGCAGCUCUUGAAGCAGAUGUGUGGAGCCCUUUUCAUCAUCGGAUGGAAUAUCGUCAUGACUACCAUCAUCUGUCAAGUUGUCAAACUGGUGGUACCUCUGCGUAUGUCAGAAGAACACUUGGACGUGGGAGACGAUGCUGCUCACGGUGAAGAAGCGUACGCUCUGUGGGGCGAUGGCGAGACCUUUAAUGCAUCCAUUUACGGUGGCGAUGCUUACGCAUUCAAAGCUAACAGUGCUGAUCCGACUACGCAUAGUGGGAAAUCCUACUCAUUCAAGGCGGCGGGAGAUGGUGAGCUUUAG